GUCCGCCGUCAGUCCAUUGCGGUUUUCCAAUUACCAUAGCGGGAGACAAGACGUGGAUGAAAUUAGUAGAGUUUCAAAAACUUUUGUCUUUAAUAACUACCAAGUUUAAUAAAAAAAUGAAGUUGCGGUUUCCAGUGAAGUUAGCAAUAGGGUCGGUUUUCGCCUUAUUUUUUAUCGUUUUGGUAGGAUUUAUACUUUUUCCCAAAAUGAUAAAAUCAAAAGUUAAAUCGAUGGUCAAUCUAGGACCAGGUAUGGAAAUCAGAGGAAUGUUCUUAAAAGUCCCGUUUCCAUUAUCAUUUAAGAUAUAUGUAUUUAACGUAACGAAUCCAAUGGAGAUCCAAAAUGGUGCUAUGCCUGAAGUAAAAGAAGUUGGACCUUUCUGUUUUCAAGAAUGGAAAGAAAAAGUAGAUGUAACUGAUGAAGAAGAAAGUGAUAUAAUCACCUAUCUUUCUAAAGAUACUUUUACAAGAACAUCAGGUCCAGGUUGUGUCUCAGGACAAGUAGUAGUAACAAUCCCACAUCCAAUGAUACUCGGACUUGUCAAUGCUGUUAGCAGAGCAAAACCUGGUGCCUUAUCUCUAAUCAACAAAGCUAUAAAAUCGAUAUAUGAAAAUCCAACGUCUAUAUUCCUAACAGCCAAAGUGGACGAUAUUCUUUUUGAUGGAGUUGUUAUCAAAUGUGGUGUAACCGAUUUUGCAGGUAAAGCGAUUUGUACACAGUUGAGAGGAUCAGGAAGCUUGAAGAUAAUUGACGAAAGUAAUUUAGGCUUCUCAUUAAUUGGACCCAAAAAUGCUACCGAACAAAAAAGAAUUAAAGCACUUCGAGGAACAAAGAAUUCUCACGAUGUAGGAAGGAUAGUCGAAUAUGACGGUUCACCCGUUAUGUCAGCGUGGCCAACAGAAGAAUGUAAUCAAAUUAUGGGAACAGAUGGUACUGUGUUUCCUCCAUUGAUGACUAAAGAAGAAGGUCUUGUAUCUUUUGCUCCUGACUUGUGUCGGUCACUAAAAGCAUUCUGGGUUAAAAAAACUAAAUAUGAUGGUAUACCCGUCAACGAAUACACAGCUUCUUUGGGAGAUAUGUCAAAAAAUGAAGAAGAAAAAUGCUACUGUUAUACGCCGGACACUUGUCUCAAAAAAGGACUAAUGGACCUAUACAAAUGCGCAGGCGUACCAAUAUACGUAUCGAUGCCUCAUUUUUAUGAUUCCGACGAGUCGUACGUAAAAGGAGUAAAAGGUCUUACACCCAAUAAAAAGGAGCAUGAAAUAUCUAUCCUGUUUGAACAGAUGACUGGAGGACCCGUAUCUGCCAAAAAGCGAUUACAAUUCAGUAUGCCGUUGGAACCAAACCAAAAAGUCGACUUAUUUAAAAAUUUUACGACCACAGUUAUUCCAAUGUUCUGGGUAGAAGAGGGAGUUGAUCUAAAUAAUACGUUCACGAAACCCCUAAAAAUGCUAUACACAAUGAAGAAAAUAGUAAAUAUCUCAAAAUGGCUUAUACUUGUGGGCUCUGUAGUAGGAUGCAUCGCGUCUGCCUAUUUAUUUUUUAAAAAUAAUGACAAAGUUACCAUCACACAGGUCAAAGACGUGCAGAAAGUCCCAGGUAGUGGAAUUUCAACAGUAAAUGGUCACACAAAUAAAGCAAUGUCUGAAAACGAAGUUGAUAAAUUUUAAAUUAACUAACUCUGUAGAUUUAUCUAAGUUAUUAAUGUUGACCAAUAACUGUCUUUUGUUUUUACCAAAAAUAUUGUACCUCAUAGUUUAAGUAGACAUGUUAUUUAUGUAAAUUCAAUGACUGUAUAUAAUAAUAUAUCUUAGUUUAGUGUAUGAGAGAUCAGGUUAAGGAUAAAAUUAGGCAUUUUAGUUUUAAAUAAAAUAAUUGCUUAAAAUUGUAGCGCUUUUAUUUUAAGUAUUCCACCAUUAAUUUGUUAAUCACUUUACUGUAAAUAAAUAAAUAUAGUAUAUUAA